CUCCCAGCCAGCACAGCACACCAUGGGCCGAGUCGCACCCCGUGGCCACAACGGCAUGAAGAAGAAGGGCGAGGCUGGCGCGUCCAAGAACUACAUCACUCGCAACCAGGCCAUCAAGAAGCUCCAGUGCACCCUCGGCGACUUCCGCCGUCUCUGCAUCCUCAAGGGCAUCUACCCGCGCGAGCCCAAGAACCGCAAGAAGGCCAACAAGGGCUCGUCGGCCCCGGCCUCGUUCUACUACGCCAAGGACAUCCAGUACCUCCUCCACGAGCCCGUCCUCCACAAGCUCCGCGAGCACAAGGCGUUCGCCAAGAAGCUGAGCAAGGCCGUCGGUCGCGGCGAGUGGCACCUGGCCAAGAACCUGCAGGAGCAGAAGCCGACCUACCGCCUCGACCACAUCAUCAAGGAGCGGUACCCGACGUUCGUCGACUCGCUCCGUGACCUCGACGACGCCCUGUCGCUCAUCGUCCUGUUCGCCGCCCUCCCCGCCACCUCGACCGUGCCGGCGUCCAUCAUCGCCAACUGCAACCGCCUCGCGGCCGAGUGGCAGCUCUACGUCAUGCGCACCCACUCGCUGCGCAAGGUGUUCCUCAGCAUCAAGGGCAUCUACUUCCAGGCCGAGGUCAUGGGCCAGACGAUCACGUGGCUCGUCCCCUACAUGUUCACCCAGCAGAUCCCGUCCGACCUCGACUACCGCAUCAUGCUCACCUUCCUCGAGUUGUACCAAACCCUCCUCGGCUUCGUCUUCUACCGCCUGUACACCGACAACAACCUCGUCUACCCGCCCAAGCUCGACGAGGUCCUCGACGAGAACGGUGCCGGCCUCGGCGCCCUCCUCCUCGAGGAGGCCGGCGCCAAGGGCCUCGUCGUCGAGCGCAUGCCCGAGGUCGAGGGCGAGGACGCGCCCGAGAAGAAGCGCGUGUACGCCAAGGACGUGCGCAAGCAGAUCGCCGAGAUCGAGAAGGCCGGCGGCAAGGGCGGCGAGGCCGAGGCGAGCGUCGAGGACCAGGCCGACUCGGCGGCGGCGACGCUCGCCGGCGCGGCGCAGGACGCCGCCCUCGAGCUCGACGUGUUCCCGACCCCGGCCGGCGUCGACGAGUCGGACCCGACGACGAGCGUGACCCAGCCCUCGUCCCUCACCGCGUCGACCGACCUGUUCGCCCCGUACUUCUUCUUCCUGUCGCGCGAGGUGACGCGCCCGACGCUCGAGUUCGUCAUCCGCUCGUUCGGCGGCCGCGUCGGGUGGGACCCGGUCCUCGGCGCCGGCUCGCCGUACAAGGAGGACGACGCGCGCAUCACGCACCACGUCCUCGACCGCCCCGUCAUCCCCGAGACGGCCGCCUCGCACCCGGGCAAGCGCGCCUACGUCCAGCCCCAGUGGGUCGUCGACUGCGUCAACAAGAAGACGCUACUCCCCGCCGACGCGUACAAGCCCGGCGCCGUCCUCCCGCCCCACCUGUCGCCGUUCGUCGACGAGGACGAGGUGCGCGAGCGCGGCGGCUACGUCCCGGCCGAGGCUGGCGGCGUCGAGGUCGAGAUGGGCAGCGACGUCGAGGAGGACGACGACGAGUCGGUCGAGGCGGCCGACGAGGACGAGGCGAUGAAGCAGGACGACGACGACGACGUCGCGACGCCGGCUGCGGCUGCCGGCCCCGGCCCGGCACUGCUCGCGGCCGCCGCCGACCCGAGCAACGAGGAGCUGCGCCACGCCGCCGAGCUCGAGGCCGAGGCGCGCGGCGUCGCGCCGGCCGUGUUCGAGGCCGACCUCGCCGCCGAGACCAAGAAGGCCAAGAAGGCGGCGCCCAAGAAGAAGGUGGCCGCGCCGCAGCGCGACGAGCAGGACGAGAUCAAGGCGUCGAUGAUGACCAACUCGCAGCGCCGGCUGUACAAGAAGAUGGCGUACUCGCAGGACCGCCGCUCGGAGGAGACGACCAAGCUCCAGGAGCGCAAGAAGCAGCUCCUCAAGCAGCAGCGCAAGGCGACCAAGUAGAACUCGCCUCGUCGCCCCCCCUCUCUCUUCCUCCUCGUUCCCCUUCCUUUCGUUGUCUCUCUCUCUCUUCCUCAGCUGGUUGUAUGUGUGUAGCCAUCAUCCCUUGCCCCUCGUACGCCCUGCCAAUCUACGAUACCUCCAU